AUGUUCUCAUACCUGAACAAGAUCGGAAGCCUCCUCGACGAGAUCGAUGGCGGCAAGGAGGCUGAGAAGGCGGAGGAGCCUGAGGUUGCGGAGCCUGGCGAGCGGUCUUGGACCCAUUUGCUGAGCUCCGCCUCUGCAGCCGCCAAGGACGUGGCCAGCGCGGCCUCUGGCGUCGCCUCCGGCGUCGCCUCCGGCGUCGCCUCCGGCGUCGCCUCCGGCGCGUCGGCGGCCAAGGCCAGGGAGGCGAUUUCCUCCCUCUUGGAGGCAGGGGAGGAUGAGGAUGAGGCGCAGUCCCCCGAGACGUACGCACCGGCUGGACCGGAGGGCUCGGGUCCGGAGAGUGCGUUGACGACUGCCGCGCUUCUGGAAGCGCCCGUGACUGGUUUACCCAUGUUCGCAGUGAUGCUUGAUCACGACAUUGCGCUCAGGCGCUUGAACGUAGGGUUAGAGGCCGCUGAUGGCGCGCUGAUGUUGCGGUGGCUGCUGGCUUUGCCCGCUGCCUUCGGCCAGGAUCUCUAUGAGAACACGGGGCUGUUGGCGGAGUACUUUGCGCCACUCCCGCCUUCUGAGACCUGCGAUCCGGUGAACGGGUCCACUCAGGUGCUGAAGGAACGGCUGCCUAACCUGGCCCGGCGCGAGCUCAGGCUAGAUUUCCUGGACCUGAAUGCCUUCAAAAUCGACCGCUGUGCGUGGGAGAAGGACCUCACAGGCUUCGACCUGAUGUGGUCCUGCCGCGGCCAAGAUGAGCUCCUGAAGAACUUCGCGGCCAGGUUCACAGGGUAUGUCUACAUCUACGUCCAAGGGUAUUACACCUUCCAUCUGGACGCCAUGGACGGCGUGCGCAUGGUGCUGGGCCACGAUUACCUGGGCUGCCCGUUCGCUGGCCUGAGCUGUGCCUCCAGGUAUGACGUUCAGAACUGGGCCAUGCAGAACAUGCGGAAGAACCGGAUGAAUGACAACUCCUACGGCAAUCAAUGUGAUCAGUGCGCCCAAGGGAUUUACCGUGACUGCUGGGUCACGGACUAUGGGUGCGAGCCCUUCUCGCUUUGGCAGCUGGAGGGGGAUGGCGGCCUCUCAGGCACCUGCAGCAGCGCGGGUCAACGGCAGGUUCUGGAAAGCACCAGGUGGCUGAACCAGGGCUUGCACCCGCUGCGCAUCGAGUACUUCCAGCGCGGAGGCACUGGGCACCUGUACUUCAAGUACAAGGGCCCAGAUACUGAGGACCUGCUGAUCACGGUACCGACCUCGAAGCUGGGCUUCCCGCGAUCUCAGAACCUCAUCAAGGAGGUCUUCGAUGUGACCCUGGACAAUCCGGUUAAUCUUCCGGUGCCGAGUCUGCUGGGUGACGUGAGGAAGGCCUAUCCGGACGCCCAGCUGCUGUACCGGGCAGACGACUCCUUCAUAGACACCGGGCCUGGAGAGGGCGCCUUCAGCACAGAGAUUGAGACGCUGAACCGACCAGUCUACAUCCGCUGGCAUGGCUUUUUUCUUAUCGUCAACGGCGGGGAGUACCUCUUCUCCCUGACCAGCGACGACGGGGGCCGCCUCACCCUGGGCGGCCGCGGCCAGGAGGGCGAGCGCGUCUUCGUGGAGAACGACGGGAUCCAGGAAGGAGCUGGGGUUUCGCAAAUCAGGCUCAAGGUGCAGCCGGGUUUGCACCCCAUCCGCGUGGAGUUCUUUUGGAAGCCCUCGGUGAACCCGGCGGUGACGGUGGACCGCCCCCCCGGAAUCAAGGUGACGUACAACGGCUUUGACACCGCGGGCUACUUCCUGAGCAUCACGAGGGACCGUGCUGGCCGGAUCAGUUCUUUCGACUAUGACUGUGAGAUGAGGCGCUUCAGCUGGGGCAACGGCAUGUCGGUGAACCGGGACUGCAAGGGGCAGUGCUUCAAGGACCUGGAGACGAUGCAUGGGGACAGGAUCUGCGAUGGCUCGGACGCCACCUACAACCUGGACUGCGAGGCCUACAACUACGACAACUACGACUGCUCGCCCACCUACCCGGUCCAGCUGCAGACAACGCCGCGACCUGCCAUCACCUGCCACGUGAGCUGCCCCUCAGGGGACUUCCAGCGCAAGAACUGCGGGGCUUGUAGCCGCACCACCGCAGACGGUUCCCUCUGCAUCGAGGGCCAGGAUGACUACUGCCCCUCCGGGAACCCGGCGGAGUGUAGCUUUCUAACCUGCUGCGUGGCCAAGGUGACGGGUCUGAACUACUGGGGCGAGGACUGCUUGGCCUUCGGCACCGCCAGCAACUGCUCCGGCGCCCUGGUUUCCAGCCGUCCGGUUCCUUAG